CUCGAUCGAGCGCCAAGAAUAAAUAAUCUUUUAAAUCCCGACGAUCGUCUAAUCGAGAUCGAGCACUCGCUGGAAUCGGUCUGAUCGAGAUAAUUAACAGAAACGAAAAACGAUCCGAGUAGGCUCGGUAUAGGAAGAUAUUUUUUAUAUGUGUGUGUUGAAUAUGUGCAGAAUUUGCUAAUUUUUAUCAAUUAAAAAUGUCGCUAAAAGUGUUAUUAAUUGCAGUGAUUGGAGUGUCGUUGGCUUGUUGCGCCAGUAUUGGCAAAGAUGAUAGGUCCCCGACCGCCAAGUCCAAGCGCGCCAUCUACGUCACCGGCGACGUCGAAUCGACCGGCGGCCGCGGCGGCGACGCCCUCCUCGACGGCCCCGCCGGCGACGGCGCCUUCGACAUCGUCGGCGGCGCCGGCGGCGAGGGCCUCGUCAUCCUGCGCGGCCGCGUCACCGGCAAGGUGCGCAGCGUCGGCGGCGCCGGCGGCCACGCCAGCGUCCGCAACUACCUCAAGAACGUGCACAAGUUCAAGGGCAAGAAGCGCAUCGUCGGCGGUACCGGCAACGUGGGGCUCGUCAUCGGCUCUCAAGACGGCGGCGACGACGAUGAGGAAGAAGAAGAAGAGGACGUGGAGGUCGAGCGUAGGAGGAGAGACCUGCGAGACCAGCAAGGAGGUAGCAGGAAGAAGCGAGACGUCAUCAUAGGAGUCGGAGAAGAUGGCGAAGGGUACGAAGUGAGGCGGCGACCCGGAGGCGGUACUCUCGUCGUCGGUGGACACGGAGGUGAUGGUUUGGUGAUCAAAGGUGGUACUCGUCAACGUGGAAACGCCAUAUUCUACGAUGAUGUCACCCCGUUGCUCGUCGGUAAGUCCUCUAACAGUUCCCAGGAGGAAGCAGGAAAACCGUCGGGGCGCAGGAAACGCCAGGCCGAAUUUUACGUUAGGCAGUUCAAAACGGCCAGCCUGCACAAGGCCGUCUUGGUGCAGGAGGUGUUCGCGCGGCAGGCGGGCAACGGUCCCUUAACGGUACUGGCAGAAGGUACCGUCAGGUUGGGCGACGACGGCGUCUCCGUCGACGGCAAAGUGUUCGUGAACGCCGGCAGCAGCUACGGAGGCGACGUCCAACGGUGGGAGGACAAUUUCCUGAAUAAGUGGGGCAAUUUCAGAGUGAACUUCAUCCGCACCAGGAGGAGGAGGAGGGAGCUGCGUGAGGUGGAAGAAGACGACGAUGAAGAUGACGACGUUCCCGUGUUAUCCCUAGGAAAUGAUGGUAGAGUGAGCCUGAAUCGCAGGAAUAAGAAGAAGAACAGACACCAAACCAUCCAGAUUCGAGGUGGAAACGGAGCCAAGGGUUUGGUGAUACGUGGAAACGUCGAUGGUGUCAUAACUGCCGUUGGAGGAGCUGGUGGAGAUGUUACACUUGGUGAAGAAGACAGUGGAACCAAACGAGGUAGGAAACCUUCUGGAAGCGGUGGAAAGAGACCUAGUGAUGAUGGAUUCAGUUACUCCACAUUCGAAGGCAGUGAAGAUGAGGGAACUGAUGAUAAUUCAAGGGGAUCUGGUGUGAGUAUCACCACUGGUAAUAAACGAGGUGGAAAACCUUCUGGAAGGCGACCUGGUGAUGAUGGAUUCAGUUACUCCAUAUUCGAAGACAGUGAAGAUGAUGGAAUUGAUGAUAAUUCUAGGGGAUCUGGAGGAAGUGGUGUGAGAAUCACCACUGGUAACAAACGAGGUGGAAAACCUUCUGGAAGCGAUGGAAAACGACCUGGUGAAGACGGAUCCAGUUACUCCAUUUUUGAAGAUGGCGAAGGCGGUAAAACUAUCAUCACGGAGGUGAGUUCCAAGGGACCUGCUGGAGGUCACGUGAGAAUCGGUACUGGAGGAAAACUCGCAGUAAGCUCUGACGGGAAGAAGUCUUCAGCACGUGAUGAAAUCUACUUGGUGAGAAGUACACCAUCUCCGAAGAGGACCCCACCUGGUGGUGAUUACGCCGAUACUGCGUUCUUUUAGUUAUGGGAUGGAUUAAUCAGUUUGCUUAGGUUAAUGGUCGCCAUUUUGUAUUAGCUUUACUCUUGAAAUCAAUCAAUUAUCGAUUGAUGGAUAAAGUAUUUUUGCUCAAUAAAGUAUUAUUAAAGUAUUAGAAUUGGGUUUUUUUAUGAGGUAAAUUUGACAGUUU